ACUCUUGUGCCCUUUGCCUUUGCAACAGUUUUGCGUCUUGCUAGCAAAAGCCUGGGUACAUACUGUAUUUUGGGGGGUAGAUAUUUGAAAUAUUGCAUACGGGGAAGGCAAGCCAAGCGGAGUGGCGCUCCACGGCACAAAUUUCGUUGACUGCCAAGCGCGGGGCUCGCUACAGUGCCUCAAACUUUCUAAUGGGAAUGGGCAGUUUGAUUGAUGUUUGAGAACGCGCCUGACAUGCAGUCGCUCUCCCCGAGCGUGCGAUGCGCAACGGCGGGCUCACUGCGCCCGAGUGCUGCCAGCUCGUUACCACAGCUCCCAGUGCUCGGCACACCUCAACCGCAGGCGCAUAAAGCUUGGCAGCAGACCCCGGCACAGCGUGCGGCCAUGGUUUGCCCCGUGCUGCCGGAGGGAGGCCACGGCUGCGGAGGUGCAGGCAGCACCAGCGCCAGCUGCAGCUCUCCCGAAGCAGAGCCGCUCACGGUCAGCCGCACGCAGCGCAAAGGCGCCCCGCCGCGCCCCCGCCGCAUCAUCCUGUCCGAUGACGAGGAGGAGGCGGAUGCUCACGGCGACGCUGCCAGCCCUGCAGCCGCGGAGGCCCCCGCGCCGCCGCACCGAGUGGCACACAACAGCCCCCGCCGGCAGCAGCAUCCCGCGCCCUUCCUCAACAUCACGAACACGCCGAGCGCCGCCGCCGGCUGGGCAUGUGCCGGGCAGACCAGCGGUCCCGGGUCGGGGCCUGCAGCCGCGGCUGGCGGCGACGGCAAGGCCGCGGCCGUCUCGGCUCGCCCGCCUGGGCUGCUCGCAGCGGCUGGCGGCGGCGUGGGCAGCGGCAGCCGCAGCGCCGUGGGGAGGCGCGGCAUCCUCGAGCUGGCCUCCCUACUGCGCAGCGCCAGCCCCACCGGCUCUCAAGCAGGGAGCAGCGGCCGCAACGCUGCAGUGGGUGGCGGCGGCGGCGGCGGUGGUGCCGGCCCGCUUCCUGCCAGGGGGCGCGCAGCACCCGCCGCCGCCAUGGCAGGGCUGGCGGUGGCUCUGGACCCACACGCAGAGGAGGUGCCGGCGCCGCGUGCGCCCGUGGCGCCCGGGGAAGCGGGGCUGACGGCGGCAGCUGCGGCGGCGGCGGUUCCAAGCCUGGCCGGGGCCGCAGGUCUGCUGCAGGAGCCGCAGGAGCUGAUGCCGGCAGGCCGGGACCGCAGCGGCGGUGAUGCCAGCACCAGUGGCCGCUCGCGCACACGUAGCCCGCGCGGUGGCGGCGGCUGCGGCCGUCCCACGCGGCGUAAGGCGUCUGGAGUUGGGGGCCGUGGUAGCAGCAGCGCCAGCAGUGGGGAGGACGAUGAGGCGCCGCUGACGUUUGCGCGGAGCGUCAAGCCCGCACGGACGCGGCGGCGGGUGGUGGAGGAGGAUGACGACGAUGGCGAGGCGGCGGGUGUGGGCGGCGCGGCGGUGGCAGGGGCUGCAGCAGUGGCACCAGUGGGGCAAGCACCCAGCGGGUCGGCUGCAUGGGGCCAGGUGCAUGGGGCCACAGCGGCCGCCUGUGCUGGGCCGAUGGUGGGAACGGCAGCUCCGCCUGUUGCUUCACCUGUUGCUGCUGGUGAUGCCGUUGCUGGUCCUGAUGCCGCCGCUGUUGCGCCCGCCUGCCCUGGCGAUGCGGCGUACCUGGUCGCACCCGGUCCCGGCAGUGGCCGCAGCAGUGGCAGCGGCAGUCCGGGGGUAGCCAGCCCGGGCGCCGCCUUCAGCCCCGGGGCGGCCAGCGAGGCCAGCUUCUUCUCAGCUACCGAGGGGGAGGGCGAGGGCGAGGGCGAGGACACGCAAGGAGACGAGGCAGUCAGCGGGGCGGAGGCCGGCGCCGGGGCUUCGCCCUGCCAGCCCGACGCAGCCCCGCCGUUGGUACCAGCGCCGGUGGCGGCGCUGGGUCUUGGCGGCGGUGGCGGCGGCGGCGGCGUCCAAGCCCGAGGGUUGGACGUCGCUAAGCUGGCACGUGUGCCCCGGCGGCGGCAGGGCGCCAGCCGCGACGUCGCUGGCGAUGCGGCCGCAGCGGCGGCAGCCAGCGUUGAUGACGUCAGCGGCGACAGCAGCGGCGGCGGCGGGCUGAUGUACGAUUUGUACGGAGCCGUACAGCUGGAGCGGCAGUUGGCGGGCAUGCGGAUCCAGGAGGAGGUGGAUGCCGCGGCGGCGGCGGCGGCGGCAGCCGAGGUGGAGGUGGAGGCGGUAGGCGGCGAUACCGGCGAUACCGGCGAGGUGCUUGACGCGGAGCUGGACGUUGUGGCGGAGCUGGACGUUGCGGCGGAGCUGCUUGGGGGCCAGCUACGGCAACUGAUUCUGUCUUCCCGGGCUGCUGACGCCGGGACCGUCGUGGCGCCGCCGUCGGCGGCUCAUGGCGAUCAGCCGGAGCCCGCCUCAGCCCGCGCCCAGGCGCAGCAGCAGGCGCAGCCGCAGGCGCAGCAGCAGGCGCAGCAGCAGGCGCAGCAGCAGCAAGCGCAGCCGCAGGCGCAGCAGCAGGCGCAGCCGUCCGCUCGGCCGCCGCGGCGGACACGCAGCAAGUGGCCUGCGCCAAAAGACGGCGUGUCGCCGGCUGCUUCCGACCGGUCGGAGGGCGUGGGCGAGGCUGGACCUGGACCCAUGGCCAGGCUGGAAGCGCUGGGGGCCGCGGCGGCGGCGGCGGCGGCUGCCUGGCCGUCGCUGUCCCCUGCCUCCGCCGGCUUUAGUGAUGCCGUCGCGACGUCCUGCAGCGACUUCCGGACGGCACUGACAGCUCAGGGAUCAGGUGGCUGGGACGGCGAGGAGGAGGACGGCGGCCAGCAGUGCACCUCGUUCCUGACACCGGCGCCGGCAGCAGGGCCGGGCGCAGGGGCGGGCGGUGUGGAGGUGAUGGACCUGACCUGCCUGCCCAGCACGGACAGCGCCAGCGGCGGGGGCAGCAGUGCUCGCGGCGAUGAGUCGGCGGCUGGGGCGGGGGCGGGCGCGCGGCGGCGCCACCCCGCCGGCCUGCUGGAGGCUUACCAGGGGGGCGCCGCUUCCGCCAGCACUGCCGCCAGCACUGCGCCUGUAGCAGCGGUGCCUGAGCCGCAGCUACAGCCGCUACCCGCCAUCGUGGACGCCGCACUCGGCAGUAGCGACAGGGGGCUGGCGGAAGACACGGCCUCGGACGAGGAGGCUGCGGCCGCGCCGCCAGGAGGGCGGCAGCAGCAGCGGCAGCGGCGCAAGGAUGCUGGCGGUGGCGCCAAGACGCCGGGCCGGCGGCGGCGCCGGGCGAUUGUGUACGACAGCGACAGCGACGGCGCCACGGGUGCGGAGAGCCCUCAGACUGCCGUUGCUGCUGGGAUUAGCACCGCUGUCAGCAGCGAGAGCACAGAGGAGGAGGUAGAGCAGGAGCUCGUGGUGGUGGUGCGGCCGGGGCGGCGGAGAGCGGGCGGCGCGGGUGCGGGCGUGUCCACCACCGCCACGCCGGUCGCCGGCGGGCAGCGGCAGCGGCGUCCUGCCGACCCCUAUAAGCUAUCAUCGUCCUCGACAUCCCCCUCGUCUGCAUCUGCAUCCUCGCCCUCCGCUGGCGGCGACACAACCGCAUCCUCGCCCGCCUACUCGCCCUCGGCAACGGAGUCGGCGACCGAGUCGGCAACCGGCAGCGAAGAGGAGGAGGCUGCGGAGUCGACAGAGGAGGAAGAGGAGGACCCGAUGGCGAGGGCGGUGGCGCCGCCGCCGCUGCCGCCAUCGGCCCGCCGCGGCCUCCCGCAGCGGCCCCCCUUGCCCCCACCACACACGCCUGCUCGCGGCCCCGCAUCAGCGGCCCCUACCGCCACCCCCGCCACCAGCGCCGGCGCCGCCGGCACCCGCAAGGGCGCCGGCGCGCCUGCUACGGCCGCCGCCCCUGCAGCCCCUGCUACAGCCGCCGCCACAGCCGACGCGACGGAGGCGGCGCGGCGACGCUUCCUGUCCGAGCGCAAACGGCUUGCGGAGCGGCUGUAUGCGGGCUGGAACGAGCGCGUGUUCGGGGGCCGGCUGCCGGCGGCGCUGCCUCUGCGCUGGAAUGCGCGCAUGACCAGCACUGCGGGCCAGGUGGUCAGCGAGCCGGAGCUGCCGGGCAGCAGCAGGCGUGUGCCCGCCCGCCUGGACCUGUCGCCGCUGCUGAUCACCGACCUCACCCGCCUGCGCAACACACUGGCGCACGAGAUGUGCCACGUGGCCGCCUGGGCCAUCAGCCACGAGUACUCGCCGCCGCACGGCCCCGCCUGGGAGCGCUGGCGCGCCGCCAUCCUGGCCGCCGAGCCGCCGGGCGCGCUGGCCAUCAGCCGCACCCACGACUACCUGGCGGCGGGCGCCACGCGCUUCAGGUGGCGCUGCACGGACGAGCAGGGCGGCUGCGGGCGCGAGUACGGGCGCAACAUGAAGUGCAUCGACGUGAAGAAGCACGUGUGCAGCGACUGCCGCAGCCGGCUGGUGUACCUGGGCAAGUUCUGUCCGCGCACCGGGCAGCAGCUGGCGGACGCGGAGGGGCGCGAGCUGGCGCGGCCGGGGGGCAGCACGGCAAAGAAGGCUCCCAACUCCUUCGCCAGCUAUGUGCGGGACCAGUUCGCGGCCACGGCUGCCGGCCUGCCGCCGCGCACACCCACACGCGAGGUCAUGAAGGCCAUCAGCGCCAAGUGGCAGGUCCACAAGCAGCGGGCGGCGGCGGAGGCGGCGGCGGGCGGCAGCGUAUCGCGCAGCCCGCCGCGCAGCGCCCUGGCGGCGGCGGGCGGCGUCGCGGGCGGCGGCCUGCAGGCGACGAGGCCGGGGGCGGGGGCGGCGGCUCCGGAGGCGGACACGCGCGGUGGCGGCGCGAGCGCGGCGGUCCUGGAGGCGGAGACGGAGGUGGAGGAGGUGGAGGCGGAGGAGGGGGAGGCGGAGGUGGAGGGAGGAGGGGGAGGUGGUGCCGCGGAUGUUGGACCUCAGCCUGUUGGACGACUGUGACUGAUGUACAUGGGCAUACCGGAGAUGUGAUGCAGGCGGGCGGCGGAGGCGGGGGACCCGGGCGAGCGGUGCGAGCGCACAGCAGCACACAUGGGUGAUGGAGGCGGCACGGUGCGGUGCGGGUGGCACCUGCCUGUCUUUCUUUCUUUCUUGCGCGCGCGCGCGGGCGCAGGGCGUGAAUGCGUGAUCUCGAUGUGCAUGGGCGUGUGCCGAGUGCCAGCGUGCGAAGCGGGCCGCCACGGCAGGAGGCAGGAGGAGGCAGCUGCGGGCAGCCGCCAAUUGCGGUGCAGGCAGCACGUGCGCGGCUGGCACUGACCGACUGCGGGCCGAGUGCUGGGGACCGGCUCAGUUGCUGGCGGUGGUAGGUUAGGGCUGUAGGUUGUUGUGGCGCGCGGCUGUAACAGUAUUUCAUGUAGCAUUUAUGAGGGACAGCUGUUCUUUGGGUGUUGGCCCUGGCCCCAGGACGACGUACAUAGGCUGACGAGUGCGCUUCGGGUGAUGAGAGUUAGGUGGUUGAUAGGUGACACGAGUGCGCUUUGGGUGAUAAGAGUUAGGUGGUUGAUAGGUCGCUGGGGGCUGGGGCUGUAGCCUGGCAGCCAGUUUGUGAUGACCGGAAGUAACAGACAUUAAUGUGAUCACGUUGGCAGUUUACACGAGUUUA